AUGAAGGAUGUAACUUUUGCUAAGCAACUAGAAGAAAUCCAACUAUAUCAGAAAGGAGAUGAACGUAAAGAUGCUGUAUUGCUUUCUUUAAUACCUGUACUGUGUCCUUCUAAUGUGCGAUUAAGAAUACCAGGAGGAAAAAAGAUAUGGCGACCUACUAUAGCAGAAUCAGUAGAUGCUUUUAUUUGUCAUAUUAAGGUCCCAGGAGAGUUGGAAAGAAUAAAACGUCGAAGACAAGAAAAAGCCAUUAAAGUAAAAGACACUGUACAGCCAUAUAUAAUUGCAGUAGGUCCACAAUUAACUGCAAUUGAGAUAUUUUAUAUCAUCAUUAAUGAUAUUAUGUAUAAAAUGGAAAAUGUGUUAAAGGCUGUUGACUAUUUAUAUAAGAUUUUUCAAGUUCUUAACAUAAAAUAUCCACCUGCUUGUGAACAAGUUUGGCUAUUUAUACAAAAAUAUAUUUAUGGACGAACAACAAAGUGGGAUAAGUAUGAUAAAUCUGUGAUGAAUCUAAUCGAUCAUUUAAAGAGAACGUAAAAAUAAAAUAUCAAGUACAGUAUUAAUUUAGACUAAGAAUUAGAUUCAUAAAAUAAGUCUUGUAAGUGUGAUUCUAUCAUUCAGGAUGUUCCGUUGCCAUUUAUGUGGAAUAAGAUUCAAAGAUGUUAAUCUGUUUAUCCGUCAUUUUUCUUUAUUUCAUAUAUUUGAAACAUGCAAUCGUUACACAUGUAUGCAAAAUAAAUGUUAUCGCAUUUUUCAAAACAUAAACGUUUUUAAAAAUCAUUUGAUUACUAAUCAUUCGGAAGAUCAUCAAAAAUUUUUGAAGGAGACUAUACAAAUUUUUGCUGUUGAUUCAUCGGCCACAAGUAAUAAUAGUAACAGAGAUUGUAGUAGUCUUUCUUUCGACUCAUUUAUGAGUGAAGAUGAAUUUAUUAAUGAUUUUGAUAAUACGGAACAGAUUCUUGUUGACUUAAAAAAACAAUUAUCACAUGAAACAGCAAAAUUCGUGUCCAGUUUUUAUAACGAAUUGUCAAUGCAUAGAAGGCAUGUGCAAACAAUUGUUGAUUC